AUGACAAGAGAAGAUGACCAGACGAGUAAAGGAACGAGUCAAUCACGGCACGGGGAGAUCUCAAGACCCAACAACGACGCGCACGAGCCUUCGAUAGCGGAGAGAACAUCAGGAAGUGGUGGUGAUGAACGUGUACAGCAGGGGCAAUCCGGUGACGGAGCCCCGCCGAGCCCCUCGUCUGAUGGCAUCCCCGACUCAUCUCUGAACAGAACUUCCCACCCCAAGGUCCGCUUUUCGGCUGACCUUGACCGGGGUCAGGAAGGUCCAGGCAGAACGUCGCAAAGCAUCGGCGACCGGCGACCCGCCUCUCGAGGACUGACAAUCGAUACUUCAGUGCCGGUAGUGAAACGCGCCUCAAGCCCGCUCAGCAGGUCUCCUGGGCAAAAUGACGAUCCGACAAUAGUUCCGCCGACUGCUGCACUCUCUCCCCUGUCACCCCAGAGUACUACCCCUGCCCCUGCUCGUUCCCGAUCUCGAAACCGCGGUUACUCGCUACGACGAACCCUGUUCACGAAGAAUAUGCCACCACAGUCUGAAGAAAAUGGAGAUCAAGUCAUUGAGAUGGGGCCGAGCCAGCCUGCACAUUCUUCGGAUAGGAUAGAGGAGAAAGGGACUGUAUCUAAAGAGCAGGUUCAAGACAACAUCCAGCCCGUAAUAACGCCGGAAUCGGACUUGCAGGACGAUGUUGAGUCAGUGGUCUACUCGGAUUCUACGCCGCUCAAAUAUAUUACCUCGCUCACAGCUCGUGGAAGUCGAUUUCGUGCAAGUGUUGCCUCUGUAACAGCCUUUGCACGGCUGUUAGCCUUUCUGGAAACCGUUCGGAAGGUCGUUUUUCGAAUACGGGACAUUCCUCCAACCAAAUCUGGCCGUCAUAUUGAUCUUGAUGUUUACCGCACGGAGGCACUUAUCGAUGAGAGAACCGGUAAACACUAUAUCAAUAACUCUAUUCGAUCCAGCCGGUAUACUGUUUGGAGUUUCAUUCCUCGACAGCUUGUCGCUCAGUUUUCGAAGCUUGCCAAUUUCUAUUUCCUCAUCGUGUCGAUCUUGCAGAUGAUUCCCGGACUGAGUACGACAGGUACUUUUACGACCAUUGUUCCCCUUAUGAUAUUUGUCGGCAUUUCUAUGGGCAAAGAAGGUUUCGAUGAUUGGCGUCGCCAUCGUUUGGACAAAGAAGAAAACAACCGUUAUGCCCGCGUUCUGCGACCAGGGAGUAGACAAGGUUCUCGCGUAAGGUCCGUAGCGGAUGACGAGGAUUCUAGCGAUGAUGGUGAUUGGGUUGCUGUCAAGUGGCGGGAUAUCAAAGUGGGCGAUGUUAUCAAGCUCGAGCGCGAUGAACCUGUGCCCGCAGACAUCGUUCUACUCCACGCUGAUGGCCCAAAUGGCAUUGCAUAUAUUGAAACAAUGGCACUCGAUGGUGAGACCAACCUCAAGAGCAAGCAGCCGUGCCACUCGGUAGCCAAGGUUUGUUCGACCGUUGAAGAUAUCUGCCAACAGGAUUCCAUUCAUUUCACGGUCGAAGAUCCGAAUAUCGAUCUUUACAAGUUCGAAGGAAACGUCACGGUGGGCGAGGACAAGCUUCCGCUGACCAACAAUGAGAUCGUCUAUCGGGGAAGCGUUCUGCGUAACACGGAACGUGUCUAUGCCAUGGUGAUCUACACCGGUGAGGAAUGCAAGAUACGCAUGAAUGCGAAUAAGAAUCCUCGGAUCAAACGUCCUGCACUGCAGUCCGAAGUCAACUUAGUUGUCAUGAUCAUCGUCGCAAUUGUCAUUAUUUUAGCAAUCGUCUGUACAAUCGCCUACAGGUUCUGGUCAAAGGAUGUGGAGCGAAAGGCGUGGUAUCUGAGUCACGCUCGUGUCCCGAUCGGCCAGGUUUUCACGUCGUUCUUGAUCAUGUUCAACACACUGAUUCCGAUCUCGCUCUACGUCAGCUUGGAAAUCGUCAAGGUUGCCCAGAUGUUUCUCUUGAACGACAUCGACAUGUAUGAUGAAGAAUCUGAUACCCCGCUCGAGGCCCGAACGUCUACGAUCAAUGAAGAACUUGGGCAAAUCAGCUACAUAUUCUCUGACAAGACAGGCACACUGACGAACAACAGUAUGCGCUUCCGGAGGAUGAGUGUUGCUGGGACAGCAUGGCUACAUGACACUGAUCUGCGGGAAGAGGCGGCUCGAGAAGGCGACCGGCAACGGUUGAUCCACAAGAAACGCAGCAAGGGGAAAAAAGCAAUGCGUCGCAAAUCUUAUGCAGACGAUCCUCACAGAGCUUUUGUGCGGAUGUCCACUGCCUCUGCGAACCUGGAUCCGUCUGGUCAGUUGGCAAGUACUAAGCCAACCAACCUGGGGAGACCGUUCCAUGGAGGCAAUACGACACAAAUGUUGGAGUAUAUCCAGCGCAAGCCCUACACCCUUUUCGCUCGUAAAGCUAAGUUCUUCAUUUUGUCCAUGGCCAUUUGCCACACGUGUCUUCCGGAGCGUGAUGAGACGGGGAGAAUCAAAUUCCAGGCUGCGUCACCUGAUGAGCUGGCUUUGGUUCAGGCCGCGAAAGAGCUGGGUUAUCUUGUCGUGGACAGACAGCCCAACACCCUGACCAUACGAACCUUCCCGUCAGGGCCGGACGAUGAACCCGUUGACGAAGUCUAUGAGAUUCUAGAUGUGAUUGAAUUCACCAGCUCACGCAAGAGAAUGUCGGUGAUCGUCCGCAUGCCAGACCAACGUAUUUGCCUCUUCUGCAAAGGAGCCGAUUCCACCAUCAUGAAGCUUCUCAGGCAAUCUUCACUUGCUCAUGAAAAGGCAAGUGAAAUUGAGAGAAGGGCCAGCAAACGCAAGACAGCAGAAGCAAUCGAGGUGAUUAGACGAAACAGUGAGCUUCAGAGUCCAACUAGCGUCGGUCGCCCCAGUUUUUCAGGGAGAAGGUCGAGCGUCUCAGGGAAACAUGCGUCUUUGAGGCGUAGCAUCGAUUUGUGGCUCAAAGAUCGGGAAACAGACGGUGGAAUCUUGACUAGGGACAAUGGAAGUGAACACUACAGCCCUCGGCCAUCAGCUCAGUUCAGCCGGCAUUCCACUACUCUCUCAGAUGGAAGACCUUCAUUCCAGGAGGACGAGGGUGACUUGGUCGACGAGGCCCUGGUGGUAGACGAACAAGCCGUCUUUGAGAGAUGCUUCCAACAUCUGAACGACUUUGCAGCUGAUGGCUUGCGCACGCUUAUGUAUGCUUAUCGCUUCAUCGACGAGGCCACCUACAGAGAUUGGAAGAGGGCAUAUCAAGAGGCCACAACCAGUCUGGUAGACCGGCAGGAGAAGAUCGAGAGAGUUGGUGAGCAAAUUGAAACCCGGCUGGAGCUCACCGGUGCCACAGCUAUCGAGGACAAGCUUCAAAAGGGCGUCCCUGAGGCAAUCGAUAAACUGAGGCGUGCUAACAUCAAGCUUUGGAUGCUCACUGGUGACAAACGGGAGACAGCCAUCAAUAUUGGGCACUCUUGCCGGCUGGUCAAGGACUACUCUGAAGUUGUCGUUCUUGACCAUGAGACAGGAAAAGUUGAGGAGUCAAUCAAUUCCCUGACUGCAAAUAUCCAAAAGGGCAAGGUUGCCCACUCUGUUGUCGUGGUGGAUGGCCAGACUUUGUCCGUCAUUGAAUCAGACAAGGUCUUGAUGGCGCGCUUUUUCAACCUGGCCAUUCUUGUCGACUCCGUGAUCUGCUGUCGUGCGAGUCCCAAACAAAAGGCGUUCCUAGUGAGAUCUGUUCGGAAACAAGUCAGUGACGCUAUUACUCUGGCCAUUGGCGACGGUGCAAACGAUAUCGCCAUGAUCCAGGAAGCUCAUGUCGGUAUCGGCAUUACUGGUAGGGAGGGGUUGCAAGCGGCCAGGAUCUCUGACUACUCGAUUGCGCAAUUUAGAUUCCUUCUCAAGCUACUCCUGGUCCAUGGUCGCUGGAACUAUAUCCGGGUCUGCAAGUACACGCUGGGGACUUUCUGGAAGGAGACGCUCUUCUAUCUUACGCAAGCUCUGUAUCAGCGCUGGAAUGGUUACACGGGCACCAGUUUGUAUGAACCGUGGAGCCUGAGCAUGUUCAAUACUCUUUUCACCUCUCUAGCGGUCAUCUUCCUUGGGAUAUUUGAAAAGGAUCUUUCUGCGUCGACUCUUCUUGCUGUCCCGGAGCUCUACACGAAGGGCCAACGCAAUGAGGGUUUCAACAUCAGGAUAUACCUGGGCUGGGCCUUCAUGGCUGUCUGCGAGGCGAUGAUCGUCUUCUUCACCAUGCUCGGUCUCUUCGGGGAAGCCGUCAUCGGUAUGGACAACACCGUCUAUCCAUUAGGACUUCUCACGUUUACUGCAUGCGUAAUUAUCAUCAAUGUCAAACUCCAGUGCCUGGAAAUCCACAACAAGUCGAUUCUAGCAGCGCUGGUCAUGUUUGUGUCCAUUGGCGGCUGGUUUCUCUGGAACGUCAUUCUGUCGUGCCGAUACAAUGAUAGCAAAGAAGGCAAGAGCAUUUAUGACGUUCAUGGCAACUUCCUCAACCGGUUGGGGCAGGAUUUGUCAUUCUGGGUCGUCCUCCUGCUCAUCGUUGCCUCCGUGUGUCUGUUCGAGAUCACGGUGAGCACGGUUCGUGCGACACUGUUCCCUACCGAUGUGGACAUCUUCCAGGAGUUCGAGCAGGACCUUGAGAUCCGCAAGCGGUUUGAAGAAGCGGCCGCGUCGGAGCUGCAGCAAGGGUGGGACCACGGAAAGAAGAAGUCCAGCUUGGAAAUUGCCAGGGAAGAGGCCGAGAUGGCUGCCCGGGAGAAGGAAGUGCGCGAGCUGCUCAAUCGACGGCGCGAGAUGAGCAAGACGAGUUCUGGAGAGGCUGAGAUGGAAGAGGUUGAACUGGACAACUACGCUGGUGGCAGCGAUGGCGUGGACGAGGAGGUCGGCCUUACUAGCCCUGGUGGCAACCUACGCCGCUCUCUCGAUAUCCAUGACCUGUUCAGCAAGAGGUUUGGCUCGAUUAAGCGAGGGCAGGAGUUGAGGUGA